AUGGCGUGGCCGUGCAUCACACGGGCCUGCUGCAUCGCCCGUUUCUGGAACCAGUUGGACAAGGCGGACAUAGCGGUGCCGCUGGUUUUCACUAAGUACUCGGAGGCCACCGAAAACCCGGGCGCCCUACCGCAGCCGCCACCGCCACAACAGCAGCAGACUCGGCCCCCCUCGGCGCGCGCGGUCGCCAUAGAGACGCAGCCGGCCCUAGGCGAGUUGGAUGCAGUUGCCCGGGCAACAGGGCCAGCGCCCGGGCCUAGCGGCGAACGUGAGGCGGCGGCGGCUGCCUCCGCCCGAAGUGGGCUGGGCCCCGGCGCGGGUUCCGGCUCCACCCCCAGGGCAGGCCCCGCGGACUCGGUGAUGCGGCAAGAUUACCGCGCCUGGAAAGUGCAGCGGCCUGAGCCUAGCUGCCGGCCGCGCAGCGAGUACCAGCCUUCGGACGCGCCCUUUGAGCGGGAGACCCAGUAUCAGAAGGACUUCCGUGCCUGGCCGCUGCCGCGCCGCGGGGACCACCCGUGGAUCCCCAAACCGGUGCAGAUCCCCUCGUCAUCUCAGACUACCGCGCCUAUUCUAGGGGCGCCCAAACGCCGGCCGCAGAGCCAGGAGCGUUGGCCGGUGACCACCGCCGCCGAAGCCAUGGAGCAGGACGCCCCAGGAGGAACCGGUGUCCUGGCGGCCGGAAAGGCGUCUGGUGCAGAUGAGCGCGACACUCGCAGGAAGGCGGGGCCCCCCUGGAUGGUGCAUCGCUCCGAGGGGCACGAGCAGACGCCGCUGCCAGCUGCCCAGGCCACUGGCCCAGAGGGUGGCAAGGGGCGCGCAGCUGCAGAUGCCCUCAACCGGCAAAUCCGCGAGGAGGUGACCAGUACAGUGAGCAGCUCCUACAGGAAUGAAUUCAGAGCAUGGACAGACGUCAAGCCUGUGAAACCAAUAAAAGCCAAGCCUCAGUACAAGCCCCCAGAUGACAAAAUGGCUCAUGAGACCAGCUACAGCGCCCAGUUCAAGGGGGAGGCCAAUAAGCCAACAGCAGCUGACAAUAAGCUCAUGGAGCGCAGAAGAAUACGCAGCCUCUAUAGCGAACCUUUCAAGGAACCCUCAAAGGUGGAGAAACCUAGUGUUCAGAGUUCCAAACCAAAAAAGACCUCAGCGAGCCAUAAGCCCCCGAGGAAGGCCAAAGACAAGCAGGUGGCGUCGGGCCAGGCUGCCAAGAAAAAGAGCACGGAGAGUCCCAGUGCCACCAAGCCCGACGACAAGGAGCAAAGCAAAGAGAUGAACAAUAAACUGGCUGAGGCUAAAGAGAGCCCAGUCCAACCUGCCGGAGAGACACAUAAGAAACAAGGUCCUGUAGCCACAGAGGCAGACAAGGAUCAAGGUCCUGUGGUCCCAGGGCUGCUGAAAGGUCAAGGCCCUGUGGUCCAAGAGCCUCUGAAGGAUAAAGGUCCUGUGGUCCCAGAACCUCCAAAGGAUCAAGGUCCUAUAGUCCCAGGACCUCCAAAGGAUGAAGGUCCUGCGGUACCAGGAUCCCUGAAAGAUCAAAGUCCUGUGGUCCCAGAACCUCCCAAGGAUCUAGGUUCCAUGGUCCCAGAACCAGCCAAGGACCAAGGUCCCUUGAUCCCAGAGCCUGUGAAGAAACAAAGUCCUAUGGUUCCAGCUAAAGUUUUAGAUCAAGGUUCCAUGGUACCAGCAUUUCUGAAGGAUCAAAGUCCUGUGGUCCCAGCACCUGCUAAGGAUGCAGAUCCCUUGGUCCCGGAGCAUCAGAAGGAUCAAAGUGCCAUGGUCACAGCACCUAUAAAGAGUGAAGGUCCUGUGGUCUCUGGGCCUGGAAAGAGUCAAAGUUUAGCAGCCCCAGAGCCAGUCAAGGGUCAAGAUGUAGUGGUCACUGAGCAUCUGAAGGGUCGUGAUUCUGUGAUUAUGUCACCUGUAAAGGAUCAAGGCCCUGUGUUCCAUGAGUUUAUGAAGUACCAAGACCCUAUUAUCCCAGCGCUAGCCAAGGAUCAAGGUCUUAUGGUCUCAGAGCCUCCAAAGAGUCAAGUCCCCAUGGUCACUGAGCCUGUGAAGAAGCAAAUUCCUAUAACCCAGGUGCCUCUGAAGGAUCAAGAUCCUCUGGUGCCAGCACCAGAAAAGGACCCAGGUCCUACGGUUCCUGAGCCUCUGAAGACUCAAGGCCCCAGGGGCCCUCAGCUGCCCACCAUCUCACCUCCACCCCCUGUCACGAUCCCAACUGUCCCUCAUGCAGAAUAUAUUGAAGGGUCCCCUCGAUGCCCCUCCCCUUGAUGUGCCAUCAAAGGAGCUGGCAGUGGAAGGGCUCCUCCCCGGGGCGGGGAAAACACAGUUAAUCUGCAUGAAACGUGCUGUAUAGUCUU